AUGGAAGUGGUGGAUCUGGCAAAUAAAUAUCGAUCAGCUGGCGUAGUCGGUAUCGAUCUUGCUGGCAACGAACAUAACUAUCCAUAUGCUCCUCAUGUGGCCGCCUUUGAACGGGCUCUUGAACUUGGCGUACAUCGCACCGUUCACGCAGGAGAGACAGGCUCGGCCAACUCUGUUCUUCAAGCAAUUGAAUUGUGUCAUGCUGAACGAAUUGGUCAUGGUUAUGCCAUUGUCGACGAUCCAGUUGUCUAUGACAUUAUUCACAGUCGAGAUAUCCAUCUUGAAUGCUGUUUAACAUCAUCUCUACAUACGAAUGCCGUCGGCAAGUACAUGCCGACGGAUAGUGAAAAAGAUGAAAAGCAUUUCGUGCUGCACGGUCGCGAAACAAAGACAACGCUUCAUAUGCAUGUCAAAUCGAAAAAAGAAGUUUGGCAUCCCAUCCAUCAUUUUGCUCGUGAUCAUCUCAAUUUUUCCCUAUCAUGCGAUGAUCCAUCUGUGUCACAGAUUACCAUCGAACACGAAUAUGAACAUGCACUAACAGAUCUCAAACUGUCACCUGCGCAACUGAGUCAAUGUGUAUUCAAUGCAGCACGAUCGUCGUUCUUGCCCGAAAACGAAAAGAAUCAACUAAUAGAGCGUUUAAUCGCAAACUAUCUACCCAAACAAGUCAUGAAACAUCAUUUAACCGACAAGAUAAAGGAUGCUCCCUUGCUGGUUCAUGUUUGA